UCGAAGCAACCUUUUUUUCAGUUAGCUUUUCGCUGUCAAAUAGAAUUGUAAUUUUUUCUGCGGACAGUUAUUUUACGUUUAAUGGUAGUAGUGGUAAAUUUUGUUAUUUAUUGUAUCUAUUAGAAUGGCCGAAAAUUAUAGCACUAGAGACUAUAAUGAUGAGAGCAGUGAGGAUGAAACACGUCAAGCAAAAAAACGGAAGUUUUCAUCCGCUCGACAAACACAUAUUGGAUUGCAACAACAACAGGUUGCUUCUCUUUCAGCUGACAGUGAUGAUAGCGAUGGCCCUCCGCCGGCAAAAUCUAUUGCCGAAAGCACUGCCAAUGAUGAAAGUGAUGGGUAUCAUGAUGAAGAUACCAUCGAACCUAACCCAGAUGGUAACAUGCGCCUUGUUGCCUCGCACUAUAAUGAAUUGAAAGAGACCGGACGCAAAGAGCGACUCAAAUCGCGAAUAGUAUAUAUGCGAAAUUUUAAUAAUUGGCUCAAGAGCCAACUUAUUGUAGAGUAUUUGGAUCGCAUCAAAGAACAAACUCGCGUGGGCGACCCUAUGCGUGUUCUUGAUUUGUGCUGUGGCAAGGGAGGUGACCUUCUGAAAUGGGAAAAAGCAAAUAUUACCCAUCUUAUAUGUACAGAUAUUGCUGAAGUGUCGGUGGAUCAAUGUAAAAAGCGAUAUGAACAAAUGCAAUCGCGAGCUGACAAAACUAAAUUUGCCAAUAAGUUUUCAGCGGAAUUCUUUGCGUGUGAUGCCACAUUGGUACGCUUGCGCGAACGUUAUAUGGACAAAUCGUUGAAAUUGAAUUUGGUGUCAUGUCAAUUUGCUUUUCAUUAUUCAUUUGAAUCUCUUACUCAAGCGGAGUGCAUGGUUCGUAAUGCGGCCGAAUGUCUGCAACCCGGUGGAUACUUUAUAGCGACAAUCCCGGAUGCGAACGAAAUAAUGCGUCGUCUGCGGCAGUCGCCAAAUGCCCGCAGCAUUGGCAAUGAGCUCUAUAAAAUCGAGUUUGCAUGCGACACAGAUCCACCACCGCUUUUUGGUGCUAAAUAUCAAUUCCAUUUGGAGGGUGUUGUUGAUUGUCCCGAAUUUUUGGUACAUUUCCCAACAUUAGUUAAACUUUGCCGUAAACAUGGUUUAAAACUUGAGCGCAGAACCACUUUCCCUGAUUAUUACAAGGAGUCGUUAGAAAAAGGUCGGUCACUGCUGCAACGCAUGAACGGGCUGGAAACUGUGUACCCUAAUCGCUGUGGGAAAGAUCCUGAGUUUCAGCAUUUAAAAAGCUUAACAAGAAGCAGUCCAUCAAAGGCCGUAGGAACGCUUUCAAAGUCGGAAUGGGAAGCUACAACCCUUUACCUAGUGUGCGCUUUCCGUAAAUGCAAGAAUACAUGGGAUAAUGAGGGAAAACCAGUCUUCGAGUUCGACUAGAUAUGGUACUCCGAACAAUGUUGUGUUAAAAGUAACCAAUCAAAAAAUUUUGCACCUGUUCGAUUAUUGGAAUAUUUGUUACUUUAUUUAAUUGAGACAAUUCAAUUACGAAAAUAUACGAGUAUAUUUAAAUUACUUAA